GGGAGCGCGGAGCGCCGCCCGGCGACCAGACUCCCGGCGUCUCCUCCCCCUGUCCCAGGCCCACUCCCAAACUUAAGUACACACUUCCCGGUUCCAACCCGAAUCUCUGCGUGAGGCUCCACACGUAGCAGCCGACGGCUCUUUAAAUAGGUCGGCCUUGUGCAAACAAUCCCAGACGCUGGGCUGGGGAAGGCGAGCGGAGGCAACCGCACGGUGCACGCAGAGGCGCGGCGGGUCAGCCGGCGGCCAAUAGCCGGGGCGCGGCCCGCCCCGACACCACCCCCUCGGGGAGCCUAUAAGUUGUCCGCGGCGCCCUGGGCGUCCGCCGCUCUGCGCCUCCCAGACCAUUUACUUUCCACCGCCUUCCGCGCCACUCCUACUGCGGGCAGCGGGACCUCAGCACGCACUCAGCCUGCCAGCUCCCGCCCGCACUCGUCUGCCAGUGCGGACCAGGGGUCCCGGCUCUCGCGAGAAGUGGAUCGCUGCGAGGCGGUGCGGGUGCUGGAGCCCGCGCGGGCCCUGGAGGGGCCGAAGAUGGGGUGGUGCACUAUAAGGCCGCAGCAGCUGCUGCUGCUCGUGGUGCUGGUGCUCCAGCCCUGGAAUUCCUGCCUGGGUGCAGACUCCGAAAAGCCCUCCAUCAUCCCCACAGAUAAAUUAUUAGUCAUAACUGUAGCAACAAAAGAAAGUGAUGGAUUCCAUCGAUUUAUGCAGUCAGCCAAAUACUUCAAUUAUACUGUGAAGGUCCUUGGUCAAGGAGAAGAGUGGAGAGGUGGUGAUGGAAUUAACACUAUUGGAGGGGGCCAAAAAGUGAGAUUAAUGAAAGAAGUCAUGGAAAAUUAUGCCAAUCAAGAGGAUCUCAUUAUCUUGUUUACUGAAUGCUUUGAUGUUAUAUUUGCUGGUGGUCCAGAAGAAGUUCUAAAAAAGUUCCAAAAGUCAAACCACAAGGUGGUCUUUUCAGCAGAUGGAAUUCUGUGGCCAGAUAAAAGACUCGCCGACAAGUAUCCCAUUGUGCACAUUGGGAAACGCUACCUAAAUUCAGGAGGAUUUAUUGGUUAUGCUCCAUAUAUUAACCGUAUAGUUCAACAGUGGAAUCUCCAAGAUAAUGAUGAUGAUCAGUUAUUUUACACUAAAAUUUACAUCGAUCCACUGAAGAGGGAAGCUCUUAACAUCACAUUGGAUCACAAAUGCAAAAUUUUCCAGACAUUAAAUGGAGCUGUAGAUGAAGUUGUUUUGAAAUUUGAAAAUGGCAAAGCUCGAGCUAAGAAUGUAUUUUAUGAAACAUUACCAGUGGCGAUUAAUGGAAAUGGACCCACCAAGAUUCUCCUAAAUUAUUUUGGAAACUAUGUUCCUAAUGCAUGGACGCAAGAUAAUGGCUGCACUCUUUGUGACGUGGAUACAAUUGACUUGUCUGCAGUAGAUGUCCACCCAAAUGUAACAAUAGGUGUUUUUAUUGAGCAACCAACCCCUUUUCUACCUCGAUUUCUGGACACAUUGUUGACACUGGAUUACCCAAAAGAAGCACUUAAACUCUUUAUUCAUAACAAAGAAGUUUAUCAUGAAAAGAACAUCAAAGUAUUUUUUGAUAAAGCUAAACAUGAAAUUACUACUAUAAAAAUAGUAGGACCAGAAGAAAACCUAAGUCAAGCUGAAGCCAGAAACAUGGGAAUGGAUUUUUGCCGUCAAGAUGAAAACUGUAAUUAUUACUUUAGUGUGGAUGCAGAUGUUGUUUUGACAAAUCCAAGGACUUUAAAAAUUUUGAUUGAACAAAACAGAAAGAUCAUUGCUCCUCUUGUAACUCGUCAUGGAAAGUUGUGGUCCAACUUCUGGGGGGCAUUGAGUCCUGAUGGAUAUUAUGCUCGAUCUGAAGAUUAUGUAGAUAUUGUUCAAGGGAACAGAGUAGGGAUAUGGAAUGUCCCAUACAUGGCUAAUGUAUACUUAAUUAAAGGAAAGACACUCCGGUCAGAGAUGAAUGAAAGGAACUAUUUUGUUCGUGAUAAAUUGGAUCCUGAUAUGGCACUUUGCCGAAAUGCUAGAGAAAUGGGUGUGUUUAUGUACGUUUCUAAUAGACAUGAAUUUGGAAGACUGUUAUCAACUGCUAAUUAUAAUAUCUCCCAUUAUCACAAUGACCUCUGGCAGAUAUUUGAAAAUCCUGUGGACUGGAAGGAAAAAUAUAUAAACCGUGAUUAUUCAAAGAUUUUCACUGAAAAUAUUGUCGAACAGCCCUGUCCAGAUGUUUUUUGGUUUCCUAUAUUUUCUGAAAAAGCCUGUGAUGAAUUGGUGGAAGAAAUGGAGCAUUAUGGCCAGUGGUCUGGGGGGAAGCAUCAUGAUAGCCGUAUAUCUGGUGGUUAUGAAAAUGUCCCAACUGAUGAUAUCCACAUGAAGCAAAUUGAUCUGGAAAAUGUAUGGCUUCAUUUUAUCCGGGAGUUUAUUGCACCCGUUACACUGAAGGUCUUCGCAGGCUAUUACACGAAGGGGUUUGCGUUAUUGAAUUUUGUAGUAAAAUAUUCCCCAGAAAGACAGCGCUCUCUUCGCCCUCAUCAUGACGCUUCUACAUUUACCAUCAACAUUGCACUCAAUAAUGUGGGAGAAGAUUUUCAGGGAGGUGGAUGCAAAUUUCUAAGGUACAAUUGCUCUAUUGAGUCACCAAGAAAAGGCUGGAGUUUCAUGCAUCCUGGGAGACUCACACAUUUGCAUGAAGGACUUCCUGUUAAAAAUGGAACGAGAUACAUCGCUGUGUCCUUUAUAGAUCCCUAAGUUAUUUACUUUGCAGUGAAUUGAAUUCUCUGGUGGAAUGGAUGACUGGCAUGAAUAUGUCUUUGAAGUUGUGCUUGAGAAGAUAAGCCGAAUAUUUAAAUAACUUUCACAGAACAACUUCACUUUUGGGCCAAACAUUUGAAAAACUUUUUAUAAAAAAUUGUUUGAUAUUUCUUAGUGUCUGCUCUGAGCCUUAAAACACAGAUUGAAGGAGAGUAAGGAAAAAAAUGUAAAAGCAAAUAUUUAUUUCUAUGCCUUACUGUCUCUGAGAAUAAUGACAAUUUUCUGAAUUUGUCUUUCAGUUGAUAAAGUAUUCAGGUACAGAUGUACCCAUGACAAAUGAGACUAAUGAUAUUUUCUUAAAAGGAUGGAAAGAAUUUUAUUUGUCAAUAUGUAUGGAAAAUGGAUAUAAAUGAAAAUUUCAAAAAUUUCCAUUUUUUAAAUGCUGAAAAACUGGAGUUAUAACUGAAUUUAUAUGCAACUAGUUGUGGGAGGGCUUUUUUGACCACCUAACCUUUUACAGUGGUUACUGAAGGACCAAUAUGAUGCAGUGUUUUUCCUUAAGAAACUCAGUACAAAAUUCAACUGAAGCGCAUAUCCAGUGGAAAACAUUUUUGUUUAGAUUGUCAGAAUUUUUUUUUAACAUUUGCAUUAGAAAUCAAGUCUCAUGUUCCUUCAGAUGAAUUUUUCAAGGUGGAUUACAUUAAGUAGAUGUUAGAUUUAGGAAAACUGUCAAGCCUUUCGAUUUUGUAAAGUACAGAAAGUAUUAACUUAAGAUCAGCAAGUGUCCUUAAGUCAAUAUAGGUAUUUUUGAAAAUUCUAGAAAAUAAUAAGGAAAAAGAAAAUUUCAUUGAUAUUAGUAGUAACAUUUUAUGAUUAAAAAAAACUCUUUUAAGUACUUGAAUAUUAUAUCAGGAAAAUAAAGUUGGUGAGCCUUUUCUUCUUCCCUUUUGCCCUUGUCUUCCUCCUUACUCUUUUUUUAGGGAGGGUGAUUUACUUUCUUGUCUUCCCAGCAUAGUCUCCUUUUUAUCCUUCUUACUCUUUUUAUUACUUUCCCUUUAUCCCACUUUUAAAAAAUUCCCCAACACAAAAAAAAUUUGUGACUUGAUUUUUUUUUUUUACCAUUAUUCUGAGUGAGGUUUAAAUAUCCUUAUUGUAGCUACUGUUUUUAAUUUAAAGGUUAAACUUGAAAAAAAUUUUAAGUCAUGGUGCCAAAUUUCAUUUUUCUAACACCAUGUGUUAGAAAAUUAUGAAAAAUAAAAUAAUUUAAAAUGA